CAUAUUCUUUUCUCACCUUCUCACUCCAUCCUCCCUCUUUUGUUCCUUUCUCAGCCUUUUUAUGUGUUUCUGUUGGAAACUUCUGCGUUGCUUUCUCUUGCAUCUCUCCCUUUUCUCCUCCUCAAGCAGCAGCGAAGAUAUGGCAGAUUGCAGCAGAGGAGAGAGCUAUGGUUCUGCCCAAGAACAUGAGGAUGCCUCCUCGGGGAAGAAGUAUGGGGGGCUCAUGCCCAAGAAGAAGCCUUUGAUUACAAAGGACCAUGCAAGAGCUUUCUUUGAUUCAGCAGACUGGGCAUUGGGCAAGCAAGGAGCUGUCAUGAAUGAAGAAUCCACAGUCCCUGUGGAGUCAUUGCGUCCGAAAUUACAGCGAACACCGCACCAGCGGCUCCCCCCUCGAAGACCCGCUUGUACAUCGGGCCGAGAUGGUCCGGCCGAUUAAAAUUUCUGGGUUCUCAAGGAGAGAAGAAAUGGAAUCACGGAUUUCCUUUUUUUCUCUCGUGGAUUGUAUGUACAUUGAAAUUAGAUGGACAUGCUUAGGUGGCCAUUGAAAGAAGCGGAAGCUCGGUCGAGUUGUCAGCACCAUGACUAUUGUACGACAUCCGCUUUGGUAUCGAAACUUUUCAAGCAAUCAUUUAAAUGCAUAACUUUCAAAA